AUGACCUUCAGUAAGAUCACGAAGCUCUUGUCCGCUUUGGACGCCGUCAAACAUCUUAAACGUACAGGAUGGGUGAAGAUGAAUGUCCCCGAACCUGAAACGGUGGCUUCUCACAUGUAUCGAAUGGCUGUGCUAGCUAUGUCUUUAGGAGAUCAAGUUGAGGGGUUGGAUGUGGUUCGUGUUGUCUACAUGUGUUUAGUUCAUGAUUUAGCUGAGGCGAUUGUUGGCGAUAUUACUCCUCAUUGUGGAGUUAGCGAUGAAGAUAAAUAUGAACGAGAAAAUGAGGCUAUUCAACAGAUUGCCUCCUUUGUUCCUGUGGCCACUGCGGGUAACCUGUGGGUUGAGCUCUGGAGAGAGUACGAAGCACAGCAAACAUUAGAAGCAAAAGUAGUGAAGCAUCUGGACAAAUUCGACAUGAUAGCACAGGCAUUUGAUUACGAGCGAAAAUAUGGACUUGAUUUGUCGCAGUUCUUUGAGUCGACGAAAACGGCGUUUUCAAUGGCCCCAUUUGUUUUGUGGAAUAACGAGCUUCGAAUUCAACGCGACGAGUGGCGCAGCAAUCACUCAAUAAAUGAUCAGGAGUAA